AUGGAGUUGUCAAACACUGAUUUGCAGCCGACAGUGGCUGAGAUGUUCAAUGCACAGAAAUCGAUGGAAGGCGUGAUCCUCAAAACGCCACUGGUUCCUUUGAACAUAGACUGGCCUUACGCCAAAAUCUAUUUGAAGCUCGAGAAUCUACACCCUGUUGGAUCAUUCAAGAUACGCAACGCUUUUUGUAGCUUCAAAAACCUUCCUCCGAAUACCAAAGCUGUGUACACUGUAAGCACGGGUAACUUUGCUCGUGCCGUCGCAUGGUUCGGCAGAAGAAACAACAUCAAAUGUACAAUCCUAGUUCCAGAUCAUGCACCAAAAUGCAAAACAGACGCUGUUGAAAAGUUAGGUGCUGACAUAGUAAGGAUUGAACAUAAAGAAUGGUUUGAAAUCAUAGCUGGUCGCAAGACUUAUGAGAAAGGAGAAAACCUUGGUGUUUACUUACAUCCAGAAUUUGAUAGGAAUGUUCUCGCAGGAAACGGCACAGUUGCUUUGGAGAUAUUGCAAGAGUUACCGGACGUGGACACAAUAAUAAUACCAUAUGGAGGAGGUGCUCUUUCUUCCGGUAUGGGCACUGCCGUUAAAGUUUUGAAACCGGAUGUUAAUAUCUACACAAGUGAAGUUGAUACCUCACCUCAGGUUUACGAAAGUCAAAAAGCUGGAAAAGCUGUGCCAUGCAAAUACACGCCCAAUUUUUGCGACGGCAUCGGAGGGCGUGGCUGCAUGAUUCCCGUGUGGGCAGUCGCAAGAAAGGUAAUUGAUGACACGAUAGUGGUCAGUACAAGAGAUAUAGCCGAUGCUAUCAAGCUAUUAGUGGAGAGUAAUUAUGUAAUCACAGAAGGAGCCGGUGCAUCUUCUGUCGCAGCGGCCAUGGCAGCAAAGGAAAAACUCUCGGGAAAUGUUGUGUGUGUGGUUACAGGAGGAAACAUUGACAACAAGAAAUUGCUUCAAGUUUUGCAAGGGGAAAUCCCGACAGAUUAAUGAGUUCUGUUAUCGGUUUUGUUCUUUCUGUGAAAAGCAUGUUGCGAUAAAUGUUGCUGGAAUAAUAAGAGGAGUGUUUUAAAAUUUUAUUCAUAGCCUCAAAUAGUUCCUGUGAACUAUUUGGUAUUUGAAACUUAUAUAUUGAAAUUGGAAUCGAGGAAGUGAAAAGCUUGUCUAGAGCGGACUUUGGUUUAUGCAUC